AUGGAAAAUUGUGUUAUUAACAACGAAAUAGCUAUGAAAUCUACAAAUUUCUUCUCGACAGUUAUGGAAUCUGCAGAUAACAUCUCCCCAGUUAUGGAAUCGGCAGAUAUCGUCUCGACAGUUAUGGAAUCUGCGGAUAACGACUUGACAGUUAUGGAAUCUGCGGAUAACGUCUCGACAGUUAUGGAAUCUGCGGAUAACGUCUCGACAGCUAUGGGGUCUACGGAUAACGUCUCGACAGCCAUACUUAUGAAUAUAACUGUCGCGUUAAACUAUUACCCUCUAAACUUUACGGCUCCAACCGAUAUUACGGCUAUUUUUUCGUCAGUACUAAGCAUGGUCUAUAUUUUAUCGGUCCUAUUUUUGAAAGAGCCAUUUGUAUUACUUAGGGCGUUAGCAGUAUGCCUAUCUACGACAGGUGUAGUACUGUUCGCUUUUGAUGAUGGUUUUGGCUCUUUCGCGACCUUGGGUGUUAUUCUAUCAGUAUUCUUUACUCUUACCGCAGCUUGUUUUCGUGUAUACGAAAAGUAUUCUAUUGGCGAUGCAUCGCCAAUUCAAGCAUCGAUGCUAUUGACAAUUAUUAGCAUUAUUAAUUUCUUGUUGGGAUGGAUACCUGUUGUUAUAUUUCAUUAUACGGGAUUUGAAAAGCUUACAUGGUCUGACAUUCCUUGGGAACCUCUAAUGAUUACAGAUUUUUGUAAUAUGUUAAACGCCUGCUUUGUUGUUAUUGGAGUCGCUGUUACCUAUCCUGUAUUUAUUUCGCUAGGUUCUCUCUUUGGAAUACCGAUUAACGCAGUUAUUGACGCGAUCUUCCGUAACGAAUCGUUUUCGGCAUUAAAAAUAGUGAGCACGCUAUUACUUGCUGUAGGAUUCUUAAUUUUAUUAAUACCUUUGGAAACGGCUAAAUCGAUAUCUAGAACGCCAAUUAAGUUGAUAACUUGUAGAUAUCGAAAAAAAUAA